CGAUAAUCACAACACUUUGUGCCGAGCAGCUGAAGAGUAAAGUGCAUUUAUUGAAUACAAUUAAUUAACGAGAAAAAUGGCUUUACGACGCUGUCACCUGAACCCGAAGAAAACGCUUUUCCUGCUGUGCGACAUACAGGAAAAGUUCCGCCCCGGAAUGCCGCUGUUCGAUAAAAUGGUCAAGAAUGCUGACAAAUUGGCAAGUGAACUUUGAAAGCUGCUUAUCGAAGAAUGAGAUUAAGACAGAUUAAGCAUGUUCGAUUUACAGACGAAGGCGGGCAAAGCGUUGGAUGUGCCCUUGAUUGUCACCGAACAUUAUCCCGAAAAACUGGGCAAAACAGUUGCCGAUCUGGAUGUGUCGCAUGCCAAGAUCGUCCUAGGUAAAACCUAUUUCAGCAUGAUGACGCCACAGGUGAAGAGCGUUAUCAAAGACAUCUUCGGCGAGAAGCCACAGGAUGUAGUGCUCUAUGGCCUGGAGUCUCACAUCUGUGUGGAGCAGACUGCAAUUGAUUUGCGGGAACAGGACAUUAAUGUCUACAUCGUGGCUGAUUGCUGCUGCUCGCGUCUCAACCAAGACAGGGAUUUGGCCCUGGAACGUUUGCGUCAGGCUGGCUGUGUGAUCACCACCAGCGAGAGCGUCAUUUUUGAUCUGGUGCGUGACAAGAACAAUCCCAAAUUCGAUGCUAUUCGCCGGCUGGUGAAUACCACCUCAGUGGACAUGGAGCUGACACGCAAUCCCGCAAAGUUGUGAGACAUCAUUUGUGUAUUUGUGUCUCGAUUCCAAAACAGAAUUGGGUAAUAGAAUUAAUAUGAAGUUU